UGUAGAGGACACAGAGAGAAAGGUCUCUUGUGUAUGGGCUCAAGGUCUCGUUUGAGAUCUUGAGAUUGUAAUUGGUUCCGAUAAGCAAUAAUAUAGCACUUGGUUGCUUAUCAAUUGGUGCGGUGAGCGACUCGAAGCAUCGCGACGUUAUCAGUUCGAGCUUUUGAAGCUUUUGGUGACGACGACAAUGGCGUAUCAGAGUUUCGAUGCAACGUUCGAUCGGCUAGAAGCAACGGUUCAAUCAUUCAUGGCGACGUUACAACAACAAUCACCUCGGGCGGAUUCGAUUGGAUUCUUCCCGACUACAAAUCAGCUGAAAUCUCCUACUCAGGUAUCUGUUUCUUCAUCGGAACAAUACGGGAACAGUCCUCCGUUAGGUUAUCGGCAAGUAGCUGAGAAUCUUGAUAAUCAUGAAGAGGAAAGAUUCAUAGAGAUUCCUGUGUUUUCUGGUGAUGAUUUGAGACCAUGGAUCGAUUGGAUGGAGAAUCGAUUUGCGGCGGAAGACUUCACGGAUGAUCAGAAGAUGGCGUUGGCUUACGCUGUCAUCAGAGGAGAGGCUGGGUCUUGGUACAACAAGCGGCGUCCUUUUCAAAAUUGGAAAGAUCUCAAGGAUGCGAUGUUGCUGCGGUAUGGAAACCAUAACGAUCAAGAGAGAAUUGCUUUUUGUUUAGAGCUAGAACAAAGGUGGCAGGAAACAGAGAUGAUGACACCAUCACCAUCGUUCUUGGUAACUGAUUCGAUUCCAGAAGCUGAGGAGACUAACGUAGAAGAAACUGAUUCAUGUUUGGUGAAUGACUGUGAUCAUGACUACGAUGAUAACGAUCAUGACGAUUCUGUUUUGGUGCAAGAUGCUCUACACUAUGAAGAAACCAUUUUUGGUAACAGAGUCUGUUCCCGAAGUCGUCCGGAUUGA